AAGGCUCGCGUAACGUAUAACCCCCGGGGUGUUAACCGCAGCUUUGGCUGAGCGGCUUGUUUUAAGUUAACGGGCGUAGCAACUUUCUUAUCACAGAAAAACAUGUCGACGUGCGGCCGCCGGGUGUGGGUGGGCCCUCUUGUUGCAUAACGGUUGUGGUGGUGGCCCGGGGGAGGGGGGGGGGGGUUAGCUUUGGCUAAUGUUAGUUAGCUAGCAUUUGUAUCGUGAUUCAAAACGCUCGGCGCUAUGUGGUCUGAUUGCGCUAAUUAGCGGGCACGUUGUAAACCCCACACGCACAUUGACCCGUAUUCAUUAACGUGUUGUCAGGGGAACAACAAGGCCGGCUUUCCGACCCUUUAACCUGCUGGCUACAGUUAGCCGCUCGCUAGUUAGCCGAUACUUUCGUUUGCGUGUUUGCUGGAAGAAGGGGCGUCACACAAACCGUGUGGCUAGCCCGCUGUUAGCCUAACGAGCUACCUCGGGGUUAGCACCUUUCCCCGUACUAAAAUAUGGCCACAUGUCGGGACUAUUGGAGGGCUUUUUACACGUCGUAAGCGGAACCCGUACAAGGCGCUGUUUGGUGCCUGUGGCUUGUGUUGCCUUGUUGUUGUCCUCGCUGAGCAGUGACCGUGUCCCAGAAGUGUCCCUCACGAUGAUGAAGAGAAGCAGGCACCCCAGCAGCAGCAGCGACGACUCCGACAAUGGAAGAAGCAAACCGAGAGCGAGGAAGGGAAAGAAAGGCAGCAGAUGGACAAAGAUUAAGGAACAAAAAAAGAAGGCCUACAAUCUGAGAGACAGGCGACAGAGUAGAGGCCCGCGGGCCUUUAAAGACAUCCUUCCAGGUAAUUCCACCUGCUGGUCGCAGCAUUCGUCACAGCCCAGGAGGGGGACGGGUCAGAAGCCCUCCGAGGUCUUCAGGACCGACCUGAUCACCGCCAUGAAGGUGCACGACUCGUACCAGCUGACCCCCGAGGACUACUACGUCCUCGCCGACCAGUGGCGGCAGGAGUGGGAGAAGGGCGUCCAGGUUCCUGUCAGCCCCCAGUCCAUCCCGCAGCCCGUCACCAGGGUGCUGGUUGAGAAAGGAAAGGAGGUCAUGUUCGUGAAGCCGAAGAAGCUCAUCCGGACGUCGGGCGCCGAGGCCCUGGGCUACGUGGACAUCCGGACGCUGGCGGAAGGAAUGUGCCGCUACGACCUGAACGAGGAGGACGCCGCCUGGCUGCAAGCCGCCAACAAGGAGUUUGCGGAGAUGGCCAUGCCGCCGCUUGACGAGAUCACCAUGGAGCGCGUGAUGGAGGAGUUUGAGCGGCGCUGCCACGAAAACAUGACGCACGCCAUGGAGACGGAGGAGGGGCUCGGCAUCGAGUACGACGAGGACGUGGUGUGUGACGUCUGCCGGUCCCCCGACGGGGAGGACAACAACGAGAUGGUGUUCUGCGACAAGUGCAACAUCUGUGUUCACCAGGCGUGCUACGGCAUCCAGAAGGUCCCAAAGGGCAGCUGGCUGUGUCGCAUCUGUGCCCUGGGCAUCCUGCCAAAGUGCCAGCUGUGUCCGAAGAAGGGGGGGGCCAUGAAGCCCACGCGGAGCGGAACCAAGUGGGUGCACGUCAGCUGCGCCUUGUGGAUCCCAGAGGUGAGCAUCGGGAAUCCAGAGAAGAUGGAGCCGAUCACCAACGUGUCGCACAUCCCCGGCAACCGCUGGGCGCUGAUCUGCUGCCUGUGUAAAGAGAAGGCCGGCGCGUGCAUCCAGUGCUCGGCGAACAACUGCCGCACCGCCUUCCACGUCACGUGCGGCCUCCACGCCAGCCUGGAGAUGAACACCAUCCUCACGGAGGAGGACGAGGUCAAGUUCAAGUCCUACUGCCCCAAGCACUCCGGGCUGGAGGGCGCCGAGUCCAGGGAGCGGGACUCGGGAGGCGAGGAGGACAAGGAGAGCGCCAGAGACAAGAAGGGCCGGAGGAGAGGCAGGGUGAGAGGCGGUGGGGAGGAGGAGGAGGAGGAGGAGGAGGAGGCCGCCUCCCCCCGCCCCCUGUCCCACGCGGCUCCCCGGCGCGCCGACAAGGCGCCAAGCGAGCGGGAGCUGCUCGCCAGCCGCCAGCAGGAGAAGAGGGUCAGCCUCCGCAAGCUGAAGCUGCAGGAGAUGGAGGAGGAGUUCUACCAGUUUGUGCGGGCGGAGGAGGUGGCCGCCCACCUGAAGCUGCCGGCGGAGGCGGUGGACUUCCUGUUCCAGUACUGGAAGCUGAAGCGCAAAGCCAACUUCAACCAGCCGCUCCUCACGCCCAAGAAGGACGAGGAGGAGAGCCUGGCGCGCCGCGAGCACGAGGUGCUGCUGCGCCGCCUGCAGCUCUUCACGCACCUGCGCCAGGACCUGGAGAGGGUCCGUAACCUGACCUACAUGGUGACUCGGAGGGAGAAGAUGAAGCGCUCGUCGUGGAGAGUCCAGGAGCAGAUCUUCCAGCACCAGGUCCGACUGCUCGACCACCAGCUGCUCUCAGGCGACCCCCCCGAGGAGGAUUUGGAGGAGCUCUUCUCGCUGGGCCGCUUGUCCUCUCAGGGCUCCCAGAGUCGCUGCGGACUGAAGACCAGACCACCGUCCUCCGGCCAGGAGAAGAUGAAGGGCGGCGACAGGAAGGGCCUCGCUGACUCGGCGCACACUCACAGGAAGGAGAAUGGCAGCAAACCGCCGCAGACGCGUGAUUGUAAAAGCGCCCGAGCCAAAGAGCCCGCCGAGGCCCAGACCGGCCGGCACGUCCAGCCGCUGAAGCCUCACAGGCCGGACGCCGUGCAGGAGACGAUCACGGUCAAGCUGCACAGGGCCGACUGCAGGAAGGGCCCCAGGAGGGAGGCCCCGGGGCCCGAGCCAGAGGAGAGGAAGAGGAAGAGGAGGAGCGACGCGGCGGAGAGCUUCCCCAGCCAGGUGAAGAACCGCUUCGGCUUGAAGCACCUGGAGAAAACCGUGUCCAUCCGGCUGGUCGACAUCAGGAACUCCGACCACGACGACUUCUUCCUGGGCGAGGCGGCGACCAGAAGAAGCCCCGCCUCCCUGGAGGCGUCGGCCAAGACUAAACCCCAGCGGGGAAACCACAGUUCAGACAGUUGGCCUCGCAAAGCUCCGAGCGGCUCGCACGCGACCGGCAGACAUCUCAGAGGCUGGGGGAAGUUCAGGAUCCCGAAGAGGAGCGAGCGGCCGCGGACGGCGGAGGAGGAUGACGAGGAGGAGGAGGAGGAGGAGGAACACGAAGAAGUGGAGGAGAAGGAGGCCCAGCUGAGGCCCCUGACCAAGGCGCCUGAGCCGUCGUACCCGAAGACCCGCCUCCGCGCGGGGCCGGCGAGCGACCGCUACGCCUCCGACUCCCAGGCGGGCGAGGACGAGCCCCGCCUGAAGCGCUGCCAGCUGAGGGGCGCCGCGCCGCUGGGCCGGCGCUACGGCUCCGACAUCAUCCGCCGCGGCGUGCUGGCCUCCUGAUGAGCUGCUCAGUCGCAGACGAAUCAUAAAAUGCCUACAUUCAAAAACAGAGCUGAUAUUUAUUUUUUACUUGUAACAUAUGUAAAUCUGGGAAAUAAUUGACUUUAUUUUGAGCUAUUUUUUUUUUCUUUUCUUUUCCUCUUAAAAAGUAGAAUGAUGUCAAGUUGCCACUGAAACGCUCGCGCAGAUGUUUACGCGCAGAAGCAUCAAUGCAGAGAAGUUGUGAAUGUUGCUCGGGACCAUAAGCUUGCAAUGGAGUUUGUAUUUUUUAUUUUUACAUAGUUGCACUUAGACAAAGAAAGCUGACGCGGAUAAUCGCCACGUCAGCGAAAUAGGACUUUUUUUUUUUUUUAGGUCUCUUUUUAAAAUCAAGCUUCAUCUGACGGUCAAACUGCCCCUUUUUUAUCGCUAUUUAAACUCCAGCUGUCGUCCUUCGUUGAACUCUUCGAACUGGAGGAAACCGAAAAAAAGAGUUCAGAAUGACGUCAUCAGCACUUAAGUGUAAUUGAACAGCGAUCGUAUCGUUUCCAUCAUGUGCCUAACUUUUAUUUUGAAGCGUUUGCACUACGAGAGGACGGCACAGGUGUGAGGUACGAGGAGAGUUAUUUUUACACUGAAAAAUGGAAAAAAGCAUUUUGUACCCUCGGCCGCUGCUGUACUACUGUUAUGCAAAAUGAACCGUGUUUUUGUCGUCUUAGAGGAAUAAAACUGGACGGCGUCGGUCUGGGAUCUGUACUUGAUGUUGUUUCAGGAACUUAAGAAUGAAAUGAAAUAAAGCUCGACAACAAAAUACAUUUGAGCCGAAUGUGGGUGUAAUACAGUUAUCCUCCAGUUAUUUUGGUUAAUUGAUUAGUUUGAAAUAUCUUUUCAAAGUGACUGUUUACUGCUUAUCCGCUUCAGUGUUUUUGGAUCGUUGGCCAGAAAACUAAGCUCGGGAAAUUGUGACGUUAAUGUGCAAAAUUAAGUACAGAAACUAAUCCGAUAAUAAAAACAAGUUGAAAAUA